AUGAUUGGGCAGGUGCAUCAAUAUUACAAAACUUAUGGAUUUAUUUCUUUUUCAAAAACUUUUUGUAGAGCUUGUUUAAUUUGUGCUAAACACAACUCUCAGGGAAAUUUAAGACCGCGCAGAGGACGAUUUCCUAAUCCGCAAUAUCCAUUUCAAACAAUACAUAUGGAUUUCAUAGAAUUAAAUAAAAGUGAAGGGAAAAAGUACUGUUUAGUAAUAAUUGAUGCUUUCUCUAAAUGGAUUGAACUCUUUCCCACGAAAAAUCCAGAUGCUUUAACAGUAGCAAAAGCACUUUGUAAAGAUAUCAUUCCUAGAUAUGGGAUUCCUGAAAAAAUAUAUAGUGAUAAUGGAACUCAUUUUGUAAAUCAAAUCAUAAAAAAAAUAGGAACCAUGUUUCACAUGGAUUUAAAGAAUCACUGUGCUUAUCACCCUCAGAGUGCUGGAUUGAUCGAAAGGAUGAAUUCGACAAUUAAAACUAGACUAAAAAAGUGCAUUGAAGAAACUGGUAGGCCCUGGACGCAGUGUUUAGAUUUGGUAAAAUUAUACAUUAACAUUACAAGCACAUCAGGGCUUACACCGUUUGAAACUCUAUUUGGAAGACCGUAUAGACUGCCACAGUUUAAAAAUCAAUGGGAAAUAGACGAUGAAGCUAAUUUAGCUGAUUAUAUGAGAGCCAUGUUAGAAAAACAAAAAGAAAAACAAACUGAAGAUCACUCUUCUGUGUCUCAGCAGGAAAAUCUCUUAGUGGAACCAGGAGAUUGGGUGCUCAUAAAAAGCAUUAAGAAGAAGCACUGGUACUCUCCAAAGUGGGAAGGGCCGUACCAAGUUUUGUUGACAACGCCUACAGCUGUGAAAAUAGCAGAGAGAUCAACUUGGGUACAUUUAGUACAUUGCAAAAAGGUCAUUUCAUUUUAAAAAGUAGCUAAAAGAAGACAAGCUUGAGACGCUCACUGACCUGCAGCGGAAAAGCCCAGGUAAACAGGGGGCUAAACUGAAUAGAGGUUUGGUCGUUUGAAACUGGUGAAGAUUGUCCACAACCCUGCAGUGUUUUUAGGAGCUGAACAAGUUUGCAAUCUUAGCAAAAUGACAAAUAAAUGUAUUGUUUUUGUUUU